AUGGAAUCUAGAAGACUUCAGAAAGAAUUCGAAGAGCUCUUCAAGCUUAACUCCUCAGGCAGCCAAAGCAUUGUUUCAGCUCACAUGGUUGGGAAUGACACUCAUCAUUUAAAAGGAGUAAUCAGAGGACCAGUAAGUUUUUAUAAUAGUAGCCAGACACACCAUAUAGUGGAGGCACCUUUAUCGUAGACAUCACAAUUCCUCCAGAAUACCCUUACAAGCCGCCAAAAAUGAAAUUUGAUACCAAAAUCUGGCAUCCCAAUAUUUCAUCUCAGACUGGAGCCAUUUGUUUAGAUAUUCUGAAAGACGAAUGAAGCCCUGCUCUUACAAUUAGAACUGCCCUGCUCAGCUUGCAAGCCCUGCUAUGUGCCCCAGAGCCAGAUGACCCUCAAGACGCAGUUGUUGCGAGCCAAUAUAAAAAUCAUCCUCAAGAAUGGGAAAGAACUGCUAGACAGUGGACUCAGGAAUAUGCAAAAGAUAUUGAAGAAGUACAUAGAGAGCAGGUACAGAGACUAAUGGAGAUGGGAUUUGAAGAAGCAGUUGUAAGAAAAGCGUUAGAAGAUGCAGGGUGGGAUGAAAAUUCUGUCGUGAACUCUUUAUUAGGCUAA